AUGCCACCGUUAUUCAAGGUCGAUCAGGUUCUGAGAGGACACAAAUCAAUAUACAUCACUGUGAAAGAGGUACACAGAGCUUUGGACGAGGCUGCCGUAUAUGUGGCCAGCGUUCGCGGCCACUGGUGCCUACAGAAUGAAGCCGACAUCCUGGGGCGUUACCAAUCAAAGACGCCGUUUCUUCGCCCUAUCAUCGAUGAGGUCAUAAGUCCAGCUGAUCCACCCUCUAUCAUUUUGAGGCAUCUAGACAGUGAACUCCUUACGGAAUCGACGAAUAAGCGGCCAACACGCCCCGAGACUAAGCAAGUAGCUAGGUGUAUUCUUGAAGCCCUACUCGUUCUCCACAGGGAUGGUAUGCGGUUCUUGGAAACUCAACUUGGCAACUGUGGAGGCGCUGUCUCUAAAGACUCAAAGUUCGCUGAGGGGAAUCUUAUCGGAGGUGCCUUCACUCACCUACCAACAGACGUCUGGUCAUUCGGAAAUGCAAUCCUUAGCCUGGUACAUGGUGGUGAUUUUCACUACUUCGAUCCUGGCAGGCAGGGAGUCAAACUAGAAGACCGGGAAUAUGACCUGAUAGUCAUGCAGCGAAUGUAUCACUCGUCCGGCCCAUUCCAAAAAUCGGUUGCCGAAAUCCUCAAUUUGGUCGCUCUUGAGCUCGUCAUCUUCUUUAGUGGGCAAAGAAUUCCACGGAAGCCGCUUCAACGGUGGUCAACAAAGGAAAUUCCUUCUGCUGAUAACAAGUUUAUCAGGCGGAUCUUAAAACUAGACCCUCGGGAAAGGCCGAUGGUGGAGGAGAUCUUUGAGGAUGAAUGGUUCAUGGAGGAAUCAGACGAUACCCGGGAACCCAUACCCAAGGAGACAAGCAAGCCAGAGGAUGAAGCUGGCAGCUAG